AAAAUAUCAAAAACUGCAGUAUCGACCCCCCAGCGUCAACCAUUUUAUUUUUCCGUGGCUCGAAAAAGAAAAAUUACUCAAUAACGCUGAUUUUCCUCAAAAAAUAUCCUUCUACGUGAACCCAUUUCAAAGGUGAAGAAAUAGACUGACAAAAUAAGUUAAAAAUUCACUAGGAAAGUGUGAAAAUUGUGAAUAAGUAACAUUAAAGUGGAGUGAGCGUGUUUAAACAUCGAGUGACAAUUGCCCAUAUUUUUACGGAUUAUUCCUCAUAAAAGGUCAUCGGGUUUCGUGUUAAGCAGAGCCAGGGACUGACCAGGCAAAAGAUGUCAAGAUGGGUGUGGUGAGAGUUAGAAAGGAUCUAAGGUGAAGAUAGUUUUGUGUGGGUUUGUGUUAUGGUUUUGCGGCGGGAUCUGGCUGUGUCCGGCGGUGCGAGAGACUCCAAUCCAGAUCGUCCAGCUGAUGAGUGUCCAGCCGCUGCAAUGGCCAACGAGCAGCCCGUGAUGAAGAGGCAGCGUAUUGAGAGCAAGAACACCACGGCAGAGGACACAAAGUCAGCACCACCAGAUAUUAUUGCAUCUCCACAGCAGUCCAUCAAUGGCAGUGGAUGCUCCAGCUCAACCUCAUCACCGUCCGUAUCAUUGACUCAUUCCUGCACACCAGAAACUGCCACCCCAACUUCUGGGGAUGAAUUGGACAAUGUGUCCCGAAUACUGCCAGAGGAAGAUAUCCCACGGAUAUCACCGUCAUUCCCAGAUCUCCUCAAGGUGACGCCUAUCGAUGGCGAUGUGGCAGAUCUUCACAGUCACCUGACAAAGCAGUGUUUGUGCGGGGUGAAUGAGAAUUUGCUGAGGCGGCUGUUUCAGCCGGAAAAUGGGAAAUGCGGCGGCAGAGGGGAGAGCCUGAAGGAGUGGCCUCCAGUGAAGACAAUGCAGUUCCUGUCCAACAUCCAAUUGCUCUUUGACGUUUAUCUGCCGCAGAAUAUCAAGGGUUUCAUCUGUGUGGGAGUUCUGGAGGCAUGUGAGAUGCUUCUGCUGCAGGAGAUUACCCUAAUCGAUGAGAUUACGCAGUUGUGCGAUCAUGAGAAUAAAUUUGUGAGAUUUCUGGCUGGAAGGGUACUGGCCAGUUUUCUGCUGGUGGCCAUGAAGUACAUGAAUGUGGCGAAUGAGAAGUUGCGACCAAUUGUGGAGAAUUUUCGGGCACUGGAGAGAAUUGAUGAGGGAAGUGUGCGAAAAGUGGGUGUAAGUGCGGAAAUUCUGAGGCGAAUUGUCGAGUGGAAGAAUGCUGUGGAGCAUCCGUUGGAUGAGGAGGAGGAGGAUGAAGAACCAAUGGAUUUACCACCACCAGUUCAACCACCACCAAUUGAAACCAAUUACUUUGCCACUCACUACAAUCCCGACAUGGUGGCAGCUGCACAGACAUCUUCUGCGUCAGCCAGAUCCCCGGCACCUCGUCCAGUCAUUCGAGAGACAGAGAAUGGAUGCCGGCAGAUGAGACUAACGGAUUCAGAGAGCUUCGACACGGGCAGCCUGAAGCUGGGAAUGAUUGAGACGUUGAAGGAGGAAUGGCCAAGCAUCGUGGAGAGUAUGUCAAUGGUGAUUAGGAAUUGGCGAGAUAUUCCGGGAGCUGAAGAAUGUGUCGUGGCUUUUCUCACCUUUUGGGAGAGUGUCAUCUCGGUGCGGGCAAAUUUGCCCAUCAAGGAAACCCUGCCCUUCCAUGUGCCCCUCAAUGAUUUGGAAAAGUUGCUGAGUGCUCAUCUGCCGGGAACUAUUUACAAACAAAUGCUGACACUCUUCAACGAAGCCCUCUGCUAUGGCAGUACGCUAGCACUGCAAGAUCAUCCACCCGAUGAAUCAUGCCUCAUUAUGUUUGCCGCUCAGAUUGUCCAACAGGUGAGGAGUCGGUGGUUGCUGACGUCGUUACCGCAGGAGAGAGCGGAGAACCCAGUAUGUUUUAUAGGUCAACGUGGGGAGAGUGUGGAGUACGAGGCAGAUCGUCUGACGCCUAGAAUGGCCAGGAGGGAGUCUGGUGGUGUAGAUAGGGCGUUAAUGCAGAAGUUUGUGCUGUUGGUGUUGAAAUCUGUGGCUGUGACAGCCAAAGGAGUCCGUUGUGACUCCUCGGAUUCUUCCAUUGAGAGUACAGAUUUCCAAGCGGAUCAGGAUCUGAAGACUAUUGAGGAGAGCAUCAGGGAUGCUUUGAAAAAAUUGGUGGAUUUCAUCAAGGACACAUUGCAAUUUCAUCCGGAGACGCAUUACAGCAAAAUUCUCAUUCAUCUCUUUGCUGAUCAGGAUAAUUAUUUGCUGGAAGCGAUGCUAUGUACACUCGAUGUCACAGCUAAUAUCUCCUUUCGCAAUGAUGCCUUUCCGGAACUCGUGGCCAUGCUCAAUCCCAUUUUCACUUUUCUUGAGUUUCUCAAACUCAUUUCAAAUAGCUCAACACUCUUGCUGGACUUUUUGCUGGGCAAUGAAACGUGCUUCCUUUGGUAUCUUUUGCGAAUUCUCAAGUAUAUCAGGAGAAAUUGGAGUAUGUUUGUGACAUCUUGCCAGGAAUCCAGUUUUGGGAAUAAUUGCCUCGAUGACACAAUGAGUGUCCUUAUUCGAUUGAGGCUGCAAAUUCAGGCACUUGUGGCCAAUGCAACAUUCCCCUACAGGAUUCAGCCCAUUCUCAGGCUUAUGGAGAAUUGCGAGGCACUCUAUGAAGGUGAUGAAUUCAGCUAGAAGUUCAAUGUUUUUUCCUUGCCACAGAAAACAAAAAAAAACACAUUUUGCAACUUUCACACUUCUUGCCACAUUUUUGUUGACAUUGGGCAUCUUCCUCAGUCAAAUCAUCCAUGAAGAUAUCCCCCUCUAUCCCACACGAUAGGAAAAAAAAGUGAUGUGAAAGUUAAUGAUAAAUCCUUGACUGAAUAUCUGAAGAGUGUACUCAAUUAAAAAAAAAGAAAGAAAUUGGAAUUGUCCAGGAAAAAAAAGAGUAAAGGAUGUAAAACGGCACAGCCGUCGACUUUUAU